UGGUGUGUAGCCCAGCCCAUUUUGUACGCUUCUUCACAAAACAUUUUGAGCUCUUCCCCCGAAAGCUCAGCAAUGGCAGCGACUACUCGUCCAUACGUUCUCCUCUCCUCCACAAGAGCUAGCCUUCAUCUCCUUUUCCAGUCUCCAAAGAGACCCUUCGCUUCGUCUCUAUCAACCCUCUCAUCUCCCGCCGCCGGGAGAAGCUCCAGCUCCAGAUGUUUAAGCGCCGUUUCGUCUCGCGGAGAGACUCCUCCUCCGCCGCCGUCGUCGGUUUUCGGCAGAGGAGUUUCUGGGUUUGGUGCCGUGGACAUUCGCAGCCGUGGGUUCAGCAUUAGAUCCUCUCAAAUCAACGAUGCUGGGUCUGUCGAUCAAACCCUUAUGCAAUCAAUGGAGCUAAAGAUCAAAGAACAGUUGAAUGCAGAGUCUGUUUCUGUCAAGGAUAUGUCUGGUGAUGGACGCCAUGUUUGCAUAAAUGUGGUAUCAUCGGCUUUUGAAGGACAAUCUGUAGUGAACAGACAAAGGAUGGUCUACAAAGCCAUUUGGGAGGAGCUUCAGAACGUUGUUCAUGCCGUUGAUCAAAUGACAACAAAGACUCCUUCCGAAGUUUGAAACUUUUUUUCUUCCUGAACAAUAACUAUUAUUUAUUUGGACAAGCUAUUUGUUUUUAUCAAAAAAAAAAAAACGAAUUUGAAAUAAAGUUUCUGGAUGUUCUUUGCUGUUGUUAAUAAUAUUCUAAGCAUUUGAGUGAUUCUCAUGCAACAGUGGACA